AACCAGGAAUCUGAGUCUGAUAACCAGGGCUAUGGUGAUCUGACCCGCCUACGCAAGUCCGCUUAUGGCGGUGGCAGCUCCGGCGGCGCAGCCAGUGUGCCAGCUCCUCCCUGCCCCAAGAACUACCUGUUCAGCUGCCAGCCCAACCUGGCGCCAGUGCCAUGCAGCUCUCCAUCUCAGGGGUACGGAUCUGCCGGUGCCUACUCCUCGCCCGUGGCCAGCUACCUUGACCCCAACUAUGCCGUGCCCCAGUAUCAACAGAAUCUCUAUGGCGCUGCCUACUUGCCCCAGGCCUACGGCUACGGUUACUAGAAGAUCACAUGAAGAAUCUGAGGACUUGAGCUGUCGAGAAACCAAAAUCUUAGCCAUGCAUAAAGAAAUUUUCUAAAAAAUUGCAAAUAAACUGAUAAACAAUCGAAAAA